UAUUCAAGCUACCAUUAAACAUUUCAUGGCCAAUCUCCUUAUGGAAUAUAAUUUGGGUUAGGAAGUCAGUUAUCUUUAUUUGACUCUGCCCAGCCCAGGUUAAGAAGACAAAAAUAUAAUUUCUUUGAAGUAAUAGCUAUUUAGUUUACUGCAUAAGUAGGUCAGUAUCUCAAACAACUUAUUCUCCCAUAGUAUUAGAGUUUUCACUCUUGCUUGUUUUGAUAGCCACCCAUCAACAAUCCUUGAGGGUUGAUAUAAGAAGAUCCUUUAUAACAAAAGAUUGUGCCCAUGAAGAGAUGGAUCAUCAGAAAUUAUUGUUGCUGAAUAGAAAGCAUAGUUAUUGAACUUCGAACUUAUAUAAUCAUGCCAUCCCCUCUUCCUCUUAAUCGUCUUCUCCAUCUGGAAUUCUCUCCAUCUGUGAAUGUACGUCCCUGCAGCAGCCCUUUGGUCUGUCCUGCUAAAGGAGAAAAGUUCUUUGGGAUGGGAAGUGUGUCUAGGAUUCGUCGGCUACCCCCCCACUUAGCUUGGUGUUCAAUCGACUGGGAUCAGUUAUGUCUCCUGAAUCUCCUCGGCUCUGGUGGAUUUGGUUCUGUUUACAAGGCAACUUACCAUGGAGCUACAGUGGCUGUAAAACAAGUGAAGAGAUGCAGUAAAAACCAUUUGGCAUCACGGCAAAGCUUCUGGGCAGAACUAAAUGUAGCACGUCUUGACCAUAACAAUGUGGUACACAUAGUAGCUGCUAGCACAUGUACCCCUACUAGUCAGGAUAGUUUGGGUACCAUAAUUAUGGAAUAUGCAGGUAAUUGCACUCUACAUCAUGUUAUCUACGGAACUGAUUAUUUAACAGAAAAUAACGAUGGCCUUAAAUGUGAACGUGGGUUUUUGAGUACAGCUCAGGCUGUCAUUUACUCCUGUGAUAUUGUGGCAGGGUUAAUGUUUCUCCAUUCUCAGUUAAUUGUGCAUCUGGAUUUAAAACCUGCUAACAUAUUCAUAACAGAACAUAAUGUUUGUAAGAUUGGAGACUUUGGAUGCUCCCAAAAGCUAGAAGAUAGUGAAUCUUCAGGACUACAUCUUUGUCAUCAAGGGGGAACAUACACACAUCGUGCUCCUGAACUUCUUAAAGGUGAGAAAAUCACACCCAAGGCAGAUAUCUAUUCUUUUGCUAUUACUCUCUGGCAAAUGGUAACACAGCAAGUGCCUUAUCUGGGUGAGCGCCAGUAUAUACUUUACUCUGUAGUAGCAUGUAACCUGCGCCCCUCUCUAAAUGCAGCUGUGUUUAAAGGUUCAGCCAUUGGCCAACAACUUGAGACAGUAAUUGAAAGCUGUUGGGGAGCUGAUGUAGCCAAGCGUCCUAGCGCAGAAUGUCUCUUUCACGAUCUUCAUUGCUUGCCUGUAGUAGUGUAAACAGAUUUUGUAUUAUCUUUUACUACCUGUAUUAUUAUCUUUGUCCUAGCUAAAGUGUAUGUUAUUGAUCUUAACUUUGAUGCUUUCCAGAAAUAUAUAUAUAUUUCUCUGCUCGUUAGGAUUUACAGUAUUUUCUUAAUUAUUUAUUUAUUUUCGACAGACCUCUUAACACCACAAUAAAACAAAGAUGCCAAAACUUUGUGCUGUGAACCUUUAGACAAAUUAUGAUGUGCUAUUGUCCCUGCCCCAUUAAACAUUAUAUGGCUUAUCAAUAAAAUGUUAAUUAUUUUUGAAUUACUGCAAUUCAAAAUAUGUAAAGAAUAUAUAUGUAACUUUAAACAUGGUAGCGUUCAUUUGUGCAUGAAUUGAAAACCAUAAAUAAGAAAGAUAUUUAACUGCAGUUUUUAUAUAUAAUUUAUGAGACAAUUUUUACAAUAAGAAAAUAACUGCAGUAUGGUGUUCAUCCACAUCUACUAUGGAAAUUGGGAAGGAACCUAUAGUAGAAAUUCUUAGUUCACAUAUAUUAUUUCUCUGCCUUUGAUGCCCUCUUCCAUAUAAUAAAUGCAAGAAUUUUUCUUGUAAUUAAAUUAUUGGUCUCAUUAAUUAAUCAAGUGUAUAUUAUUUUACUGAUCUUUUAAAAGAACUUACUUCCUAUACUUUCUGCCUAAAUAAAUUGUAAACUCUCUAAAAAUAUUUGUCAAGUAUACAAAAAAGUUACAAAAGGUUUUGUUCAUCUGAAAAGAAAAUCUGCAAUUCUAAAUAUAUCUCAAAGGCAGCAUACUUACUGUGGCUUAUUUCAGAAAACAAAUGCUAAUCUAUGUAUACUUGUAGUUUAAAUUCCACUGAAAUUAGUGGAAAUUACUUUUAAUAAAAAUAAAUAAAUUUA